AUGGAUUUAUCAGUCUGUAAUAAUGAUGAUGAUAACUCUCCUAAUCAGCCUAUUAUCUCUAGAAAGGAAGGAGAAGAUAACUCAACAGUAAAAGAUGAAGAAACACUUGAUGAUGAUAGUUCAGAAGAGAAUAAUGAUAAAUCUGAUAGUAGUUCGGAAAUCCAGAAUGAAGACAUUCCACAACACACAGUAAAUCCACAAUCUAUUGCUGAUAUAGCCAAAGAGACUAAAACUUUGAAAUCCAGAAUUUUAAAUGACCAGUUAAAAAGCUCUGAGGACCUGACUUCAUUUAAACAAGAUAAGAAUGAACUUGAUGAUAAAGUUUCUAAUCAUAGGAAUUCAAAAGCUUCCUCCAAAAAACUUGUGUCACAGCCAAAUACCAAACAUCAUUUUGAAAACAUGUUAUAUAAUAAAAAAAACUUUGCUAAAACUCAAUUAGAUGAUCAGCCAUUAGAUUUAUCCACCAAAUCUAAAAGCAAAGAUUCAUCUAAAGAUUCUGCUAAUUAUAACUCCAAAGAAGAAGGUUUAUCCUCUAGUUUAAAGAGUCUUCAAAUGCGAUUUGGUGGAAACUUUAAUAUUGAGCCUCCACGAAAACCAAGUUCUAUAGUCCCCUUACAACCUACCAAUCAUCUUAACAGAGUAUCUAAACAACCAUACAAUCCUCAAACACCACUACAAGCAGCACAUAUUAAAUCUAAUAUUAAACCACAAUUUGUUAAGAAAGAAAAAUCAACAACAUCGACUAACAUAUCAUUAAAAUUUCCAACCAAAUCAACAGGAAAUGAAGAAGAGGUUUACUCCGGUGACAAUAAAUACACAACCCAUAGAUGUUCAUGUAAUAAAACUUAUGCAUCACUCCAUGCUUUAAGUUCACAUAUACAAGAUACAGGACAUACACCAGUAAAUGCUAAAGCAUCAACACUUCUUGAUUAUCCUAAACUGGUCCGUGGUCAAGAUAUGUGGCUAAAUCAGGAAUCUGAACAAACCAGAAGAAUUCUACGUUGUAUGCAGUGUGGAGAAUCAUUUCAAUCUCUUCCGAUGUUGACAGUUCAUAUGAUGAAAACACAACAUUAUACCAAAAUUGUAAGUGCUGAUCACGGUCGAAGGUCUCAUAAAUGUUCGGCAUAUUGUGAAAAAGAACUGGAACGUGAAUGUGUAUUUAAGUGUAAAGUUUGUCAUGAGGCAUUUGGUGAUAUGGAAGCCCUUGCUAAUCACAUGGUACAAUCAGGACAUCAUAAAAAACAAGUUCUUCGUGCACAAAAUUACUCUGAUUUAACAUUACGAAAUAGGCGAAAAAGAUUUAAUAGUGAUGAUAGUGCUAACAUUUUAUCAAAUUAUUAUGAUUUCAAAAGAAAAUGUCUACCUUUACCCAAUAGUUUAUUGGAUGAUGAAGACAUAUUUAUUCCAUUACCUCAUGACAAUUCUAUUACCUGUGAAAACUGUGGCAAGAGAAUUGAAAUGAAGUAUUUUGUUGAUCAUGUUAGAGCUUGUAUUCGACAAAAAUCUUCUGUAAUAGGUGUGUUAAAAAGCAAACUUUUAAAUGAUGAAUCGAAUAAAACUCUAUCAGAUAGUGAAAAUUCAUGCACCUCUCCUCCAUUAAGUCCUCAGCGCACUGGAAAGAGGAAGAUACAGGACACAGAAGAAAGUGCAGAGAUAAAGGAACGUAAAACUCAUUUAUCGCACCAUCUAAAAUCAAGAAUACUUCAAGCAUUCUCACCAAAACAAAAGAUAAUUGAAGAUUUAAAUAAAGGAAAUGAGGGCAAGAAAUCUGCAGAUUUAAAUGAAAAACAUAAUUCUUUGUGCAGUCCACCCAACAAAUCUGUAAAUGGUAAACCAGAGACCUCAUCCAAUACUGAAGAAAUUCCCAUUAAAAAGGAAAAAGAGAUCAAAAGAGAAAUUGCUGAAGAUGAUGAUAAAAGGGAAACAACUCCUGUUAAACAAGUUCCUUCUCAAGUUGAGCAAGAGUCAAUACCAAGCUCAUUGACAAUGGAUAUUCUAGAUCCUAAUCUAAAUACACCUUCAUCAAAAUCAGCUUUACAGGCUAUGGAAUCUUUCAUUCAAAAUAGUUUUUCAACUAAAUUUGAUUAUCGUAGGCAAAACUGUGUUCCAGUACCAAGUACCAUGCAUAGGCAUUCAUUGCAUUUAUCAAAAUCAGAAUCAGGUUUUAAAAAAGAGAAUAACAAACUUUCAAAAUACAAAAAUUUAUACGAAGCUCUCCACUACAGAGAGGUAAAAAAUGGACAGUGCAAGGUAUCAAGUGACAAGAAUAAGACUAUAGAAAGUAAGAAAUGUAAUAAUAUAAAAAAAGAAAAUGAUAAUGAGAAAGUUGAUGAUAAUGAGGAUGUAAAUAAUGAAUGUGAACAAUCUAUUAAAGACAAUUCAUCUGAUACAGAUAUAAAACCUUCCUCUUCAUUUGAUCAUUCUGUUUUAACUAAAUACCUAAAUAUAGAAAAGGAAACAGACAAAGAAAAGGAGGAAGCAUCAGCUUUAAAUUCACUUAGUUCAUUUGUUUACAGUCAACCUAUGACUAGUGAACACCCUUUAGACAGUUUACAAAGACUUCUCACUAAAACUGAUAUUCCAAAAGCAUUAUCGCGUCAUUUUGAUUUACCAUAUCUGACUGGUAUUCCUGAAUUAGCUCUACCAUUGAAUCUGUCAGUUAAACAGUGUUUAUCAGAUGAUGAAGAUAUUGAUGUAGGACAAGAAGGAACAUUAUCAUCUAGUGAAGAUAGAGCUAGUCCUGUAAGUGAAGGUGAACAACGUGAUUAUAAGUGUGCAGCUUGUAGUCGCCAGUUUGUGUCAAAAGGUUCAUAUCGAUACCAUUUAAGUCGAUGUCAUUUAUCCAGUGUUCGGAAGUAUGGCAUCAAAGAAGCAUUUAACAUGAGUCCGUAUAUUUACCUCCCAUUAGACCACACGGCCAAAUUUAGCAAAUAUUAUGAAAUGGCAUAUGAACUUGCUAAUAAAGGCAAAUAA